AUACAAAUCACUCCCAAAUUUUAAAAGGUUAAAAAAAUCAACAUGGAAAGAGGAAACCAAACUGUUGUCUCUGAGUUUCACCUCCUGGGUUUGCCCAUUGAACCACGUCAGCAAGACCUGUUCUAUGCCCUGUUCCUGGCCAUGUACCUCACCACUUUCCUGGGGAACCUCCUCAUCAUUGUCCUCAUUCAACUGGACUCCCAUCUUCAUACACCUAUGUAUUUAUUUCUCAGUAAUUUGUCUUUUUCUGACCUCUGUUUUUCCUCUGUGACCAUUCCCAAACUGUUACAUAACAUGCAGCGCCAAGUACCAUCCAUCCCUUAUGCAGGAUGCCUGACACAAAUGUACUUCUUCCUGCUUUUCGCAGACCUCGAGAGCUUUCUCCUUGUGGCCAUGGCCUAUGACCGCUAUGUGGCCAUCUGCUUCCCCCUGCACUACACCAGCAUCAUGAGCCCCAAGCUGUGUCUCUGCCUGGUGUCACUGUCUUGGGUGUUGACCACAGUCAUCUCUUUGUUGCAUACACUGCUCAUGGCUCGGCUUUCUUUCUGUGCUGAUAAUAUGAUCCUCCACUUUUUUUGUGAUAUGUCAGCUCUGCUAAAGUUAGCCUGCUCUGACAUUCAGAUAAACGAAAUGAUGAUAUUUAUCUUGGGAGGACUUGUCAUUGUUGUUCCAUUCUUGUUGAUUUUUGUAUCCUAUGUACAAAUAGUGUCCUCUAUCCUCAAGGUCCCUUCUGCCAGAGGCAUCCACAAGGCUUUCUCCACCUGUGGGUCCCACCUCUCCGUGGUGUCUCUCUUCUAUGGGACAAUCAUUAGUCUCUACUUGUGCCCUUCAGCUAAUAAUUCUAUUAUAAAGGAGACUGUCAUGGCUAUAAUGUACACGGUGGUGACCCCUAUGCUGAACCCCUUCAUCUAUAGUCUCAGGAACCAGGACAUAAAGGGAGCUCUAAGAAGGGUAUUUUCAAAGCAGAUAUGUCAUUUUACUCUGGGACAAUGACUAUGAAGAUUAAAGCAUGUUUCAAACAGCAGGCAAAAUAUUGAAGACAAGUAGUA